AUGAAUCAAUCUGCUGCAACGCUGAAAUGUUGGAAUAAUGGUGCAAAACUGAGCGGUUUGGAGAGUAUGAAUGAGACUAGAUUUGUGGCAGAAAACGUGGAGAGUGAAAUGAUAUCAACCGAUUCUGCAUUGAGUCGAUGGGACAUCUGGAUUGAUGGAGUGAGAAAAACAGGAUGCAUUUCGGAGAGUGAUGUCAAGGGGAAAAACGGCUGCAAAGGGAUAAAAGGUUUCGCCUUCUCUGACCAAACACUGAAAAACCACGGUGGCUAUGACUGGAGUGAGGGUGAACCUAAUGGAAGAGGAGGCACUCAAAAAUGUGUUGUGAUGAUGAUAAAAAAGGGGAAAAAUGGGAAGUUGGAUGAUAUUGAGUGUGACGCUCUGAAACGAGGUGUCUUGUGCGGAAUGGAAGCGCAGUGA